CAUCAAUCCAUAGUUAAGGUUUGAAAUAAUUAAUAAUGGGAAGAGUUUCACUUCUUGUUUUGGUUCCUGCAAUUCUUUGUAUGCUUACUAGAGAUUUUGGUUGUAAUGGAGAUGAACAUAACAGGAGCUGUUCACAAUCUGAUCUUGAAGCUCUUAAUGACUUCAAAAAUGGGCUUAAAGAUUCUGGUAACCGGCUUUCAUCAUGGAAAGGAAGCAACUGUUGUCAGUGGCAGGGAAUCAGCUGCAACAAUAGAACUGGAGCUGUUAAUUCCAUUGAUCUGCACAACCCAUAUCUAGUAAGUUCCGUAUAUUCUUUAAGUGGGGAGCUUAGACAGUCACUGCUAAAACUCAAGUCUUUACAAUACUUAGACUUGAGUCUGAACACAUUUGAUCAAGUCCCUAUUCCUGAAUUCUUAGGGUCUUUACAGAGUUUGCAAUAUCUGAAUCUAUCCAAAGCUGGGUUCAGUGGUGUAAUUCCUCCAGCUUUAGGAAACCUCUCUAGUUUGCAGAUUCUUGAUGUUUCUUCUCAAUUUUCAGGUCUUUCUGUCAAUAGUUUUGAUUGGGUUAGUGAUCUAGUUUCAAUUAGAUAUCUUGCUAUGAGCGGCGUUGACCUUUCCAUGGCAGGUUCCACCUGGAUUGAGGUAUUGAACAUGCUUCCUCAUUUGACUAACUUGCAGCUUUCAAACUGUUACCUAUCUGGUUCAAUUUCAUCUCUUAGCCCUGUCAAUUUUACUUCACUUGCUGUUCUAGACCUUAGUUUCAACAACUUUAAGUCGAUGUUUCCUGGUUGGUUAGUAAAUGUUAGCAGCCUAGCCUAUGUUGAUCUAAGUAAUGGCGGUUUGUAUGGUAGGAUACCACUUGGUCUUAGUCAGCUUCCAAAUCUACAGUUUUUAAGUCUUGCUAUGAACAAUAAUCUUUCUGCUAGUUGUCCUCAGUUGUUCGGAGGAGGUUGGAAAAAAAUAGAGGUUCUUGAUUUUGCUUUGAAUAGAUUGCAUGGCAAACUCCCUGCUUCAGUAGGAAACAUUUCGUCCCUUACCAUCUUUGAUUUAUUUGUCAAUAGUGUUGAGGGUGGGAUUCCUGCUUCCAUUGCUAAACUCUGCAAUCUACAAAGAUUUGAUCUCUCUGGCAAUAACUUGACAGGAAGUUUGCCAAAGGUUCUUGAUGGUGCAAAUUGUCCAUCAAACAGUCCCCUGCCUAAUUUGUUGUACUUGAAACUGACCAGCAACCGUUUAACAGGAAAUCUUCCAGACUGGUUGGGUCAGCUUGAAAAUCUUCUAGAACUAUCUUUAGGCAGUAACUUGUUCCAAGGUCCAAUUCCUGCUUCUUUAGGCAACUUACAGAAGUUAACAAGUAUGGAACUUGCAAGGAAUCAACUUAAUGGGACUGUACCUGGUAGUUUCGGACAGCUUUCUGAAUUAUCUACCUUGGAUGUUUCUCUUAAUCACCUGAGAGGAUAUAUUUAUGAAACGCAUUUCUCAAGGCUGAGUAAACUGAGAUUCUUGGUGUUGGCUUCCAAUUCAUUCAUUUUCAAUGUCACUCCCAACUGGAUACCUCCAUUUCAGGCUCAAAAUGUUGAUAUAGGUUCAUGCCAUUUGGGUCCUCCUUUUCCAGCUUGGCUCAGAACUCAAAAGAAACUAAGAUUUCUAGAUAUCUCAAAUGCUACCAUCUCUGAUACUAUACCGAAGUGGUUUUGGGAAAUUGCUUCCGACCUAUCGUUGUUAAAUGUUUCAUUUAAUCAGUUACAGGGCCAACUCCAAAAUCCACUAAAUGUAGCUCCAGAUGCAGAUGUUGAUUUCAGCUCCAACCUCUUGGAAGGACCUAUUCCGCUUCCUACUGUGGAAAUUGAAUUGCUAGACCUCUCGAACAAUCAGUUUUCAGGUCUCAUUCAUGAAAACCUGAGUGAAUCAAUGCCAAACUUGAUCUUUCUAUCUCUUUCAGGUAAUCAAUUGGCAGGAAAUAUCCCAGCCACAAUAGGGGAUAUGCUGCUUCUUCAAGUUAUUGAUCUCUCAAACAAUAACUUACUUGGAAGCAUUCCUGAUAGCAUAGGGAAUUGUUCUUUCUUGAAAGUUCUAGACCUUAGCUUCAACAAUCUGUCAGGGACAAUCCCAGCAUCAUUAGGCCAGUUGAAUCAGCUUCAGUCACUUCACCUGAGCAACAAUAAGCUUAUAGAAAACAUUCCACCGUCCUUUCACAAAAUCUCAAACUUGGAAACCUUGGAUCUUGCAAACAAUGCACUAUCAGGUGACAUCCCACGAUGGAUUGGAAGUGGAGGUGGAUUUUCGAAGCUCAGAAUUCUCAGCUUAAGGUCAAAUGCAAUUUCUGGUGAAAUUCCCUCCACUCUGUCAAAUAUAAUCUCAUUGCAAGUCCUUGACCUCGCACUAAACAAUUUGACCGGCAGAAUUCCAGUCACAUUUGGAGAUUUUAAAGCCAUGUCUCAUGAGCAAUACAUAAACCAAUAUCUAAUCUAUGGGAAGUAUAGAGGCCUAUACUAUCAAGAGAGCUUGGUGGUGAAUAUAAAAGGCGGACCUCAAAAAUACAGCAGAAUUCUAUCCUUGGUUACUAGCAUAGACCUUUCAAGCAAUAACUUACAAGGAGAGUUUCCUGUUGAAAUAACAAAACUGAUCGGUUUAGUAGCUUUGAACUUGUCACAUAAUCAAAUUGUCGGUCAGAUUCCUGAAAGCGUUUCGAAUAUGCGGCAAUUGUUAUCGCUUGAUCUUUCAAGCAAUAGGCUAUCAGGAGCAAUUCCUUCUAGCAUGUCUUCAUUAUCAUUUUUGUCUGCCUUGAAUCUGUCGAGAAAUAACUUCUCAGGCAUGAUUCCUUAUACAGGCCAAAUGACAACUUUUGCAGCUUCCUCUUUUAUUGGAAAUCCAAGUCUUUGUGGAGCUCCAUUACAACUCAAAUGCCAAGAUGAUGAUUUAGAUCAAGGAGGCACUAGUUCAGAUGAUGACAAGGAUGGGUUCAUUGAUGAGUGGUUUUACUUGAGCGUUGGGCUUGGAUUUGCAGCUGGUAUUCUUGUUCCUAUGUUUAUAUUAGCAAUCAAGAAAUCUUGGAGUGAUGCCUACUUUGGUUUUGUAGACGAACUUGUUCACAGGUCACUGUGGGCAAGAAUUAUAUCCAAGUUAGCUAGAGCUAUAGUACCUUUCAUUGCUCUGCCUCAUCUUUUCAUAACAUUUCUCAAAAGCUUUUUGGAAUUUGGCAUGGCAAAGAAACUCCUUGCUUCCUAUCAAAAUUUUAGAAAAAUUCCACUGUCCUCGAAAGACUUGUCAAAUUUAGAAUCUCUAGUCCUUGGCUACAAUAGAUUUACUGGUAAACUUCCAAAAUGGAUUGAAGAUGAUUUUCUGCUUCUUAAAAUUCUUAGCUUUAGGUCAAAUUCAUUUUCAGGAGAAAUUCCUUCUUCACUAGUGAAUCUGAAUUCUUUGCAAGUCCUGGACCUAGCAGAGAAUAAGUUGAGUGGAAGGAUUCCCACCAGCUUGGAUAAACGCAUAGCCAUGACUCAAUGUAUCGUGAUGUAUCUUAUGGGUUUUUCCAGGGUCUCUAUUAUGAAGAGAAUGUAG